AUGACAACGCUUUCGGAAGAUGUCAACCGACCAGAGAACAGAAAUGAGCUCUUUUUCCCUACUUCACACGAUGAAGUCAUUCUUUGGCUGACAAAGUUUGCCGCCAGUCAAGAUGGGUUGGACCCGGCAGAGACGAGCUCCGUCUAUGAACCACAAGCAACGCUGCGUUUCUCGAACUACCCGGCGAUUAUUGGAGCGGAUAAGAUUGAAGAAAUGGUAGCGGCACGUUUCGCACGCCUCAGUUUAAUAAAUCACACGUAUCGAUAUUUUGACCUGGUCGGCUCGAGGUUAUGGGCUGUGUUUGAUGUUCUAUAUCGCGUCAAGGGUGAUUUGUCUGGAGAGGAGUUUCUAGUGCCAGCCGUCUGUGUUUUCACUCUCGUUGAACAUGGUGAUCACGAGGGUAAGAUAACAGACUUGGAGACUUUUAUGGACCAGACGGCAGUGGAGAAUAGAAUGAAGGACAUCAUAAAGGAAUAG